UAAGCUCCGCCCUACAAGUGUCAGCAUCCUCUGGGAUAUCACCUUCAUAAAGAACUGGGACACUGGCACUGUUAAAGAAUCAGUCACGUCUCAUCUCGUCUGCAGGAAAAAGCCCAUUCAGUCUGAGCCAGUCGGUCCGCUCUGACCUGGUUGUGCUGGACAGGAUGACCCAUCAGUUUCCUCCCCUCACCACUGAGCAAAAGAAAGAGCUACAUGAGAUAGCUCUGCGCAUAGUGUCACCAGGGAAAGGCAUCCUGGCUGCAGAUGAGUCCAUAGGCAGCAUGGGGAAGCGUUUGAACCAGAUAGGCGUAGAGAACAACGAGGAAAACCGCCGUCUCUACCGCCAGGUGCUCUUCAGCGCUGAUGACCGCAUUGAUAACUGCAUCGGCGGAGUGAUCUUCUUCCACGAAACACUCUACCAGAGCUCUGAUGAUGGCGUCCCGUUCGUCAAGAUGAUAAAGGACAAGGGCAUCACUAUCGGAAUCAAGGUUGACAAAGGUGUAGUCCCCUUGCCAGGGACUAAUGGAGAAACCACUACACAAGGUCUGGAUGGGCUCUCAGAACGCUGCGCUCAGUAUAAAAAGGAUGGAGCUGACUUUGCAAAGUGGCGUUGUGUGAUGAAAAUCAGCGAUACCACCCCGUCAAACCUGUGCAUUAAAGAAAACGCUAAAGUCCUCGCUCGCUAUGCUAGUAUUUGUCAGCAGCAUGGGAUUGUACCCAUAGUGGAACCUGAGAUCCUACCUGAUGGAGACCACGAUUUGAAGCGUUGCCAGUUCGUUACAGAGAGGGUGCUUGCAGAAGUCUACAAAGCCAUGUUUGAUCAUCAUGUGUAUCUGGAAGGCACACUACUCAAGCCCAACAUGGUGACCCCUGGACACGGCUGCCCAACCAAAUACAGUGCAGAGGAGGUUGCCAUGGCAACAGUCACUGCUCUGCGGCGUACUGUCCCGCCCGCAGUGACAGGGGUGACCUUUCUCUCAGGAGGUCAAAGUGAGCAGGAGGCCUCCAUUAACCUAAAUGCCAUCAAUAACUGUGCGCUCGUGAAACCCUGGGCUCUCACCUUCUCAUUUGGCCGAGCUCUGCAGGCCUCGGCUCUGAAGACCUGGCGUGGAGAGAGAGACAAUGAAGCCGCCGCAACCGAGGAAUUCAUCAAAAGAGCAGAGAUCAACAGUCUGGCCUCUCAAGGGAAGUACACGGUUUGUGGUGACAGCAGCGGAGCCACUGGUCUUUCUCAUUACCUUUCCAGCUACGCAUAUUGAAAUGCCGCUGAUUCCCGUAAUCCAGCAUUAGCAUUGAAGUAAAACAUUGUAAAAUUAUAGCUUUUGUCGCCAAUGUAAUUCUUUAGGAAAGUAAUGGAGUGUUAAUAAAGUGACAGCUGACUGUGUUAUGUUGAUCCUCAACAUUUAAGAGUUUCUUAGGAUAGAUAAGGAUCUAUAUGCUUCUGUGAUCUACCCUUUCGUCAUCUAAAGCUUUAAUAAAGCCUUUGUUCUGAUGAAUAAAUAUGAAUAUCUGAUGAUA